AUGGCGGACAGACCAGAGACUGAAGACCAGACUGGAGACUCUUCUGAACCUGAGGCUGAUGACAGUGCUGAUUGGAAGGAGACCAGAGAACCUCAGUCAGCUUUAAACUCUCUGAAACAUGAUUCAAGAUGUAAGAAACGAUUCAGCUGCUCUGAUUGUGGGAGAAUAUUUGGCCGCAAGCAACAUCUGAAGAGACACAUGAUAACGCACACAGGAGAGAAACCUUUCAGUUGCUCAGUUUGUAGGACAUCUUUUACACAGAGUGGAAGUUUAUGGAAGCACAUGGUAACUCACACAGGAGAGAAACCUUUCAGAUGCUCUGAGUGUGGGAGAAGGUUUGGCCAAAGGGGACAUCUGAAGAGACACAUGAGAACUCAUACAGGAGAAAAAGCUUUCAGCUGCUUAGUCUGUAAGAAAUAUUUUAGAGAGAAAGGAAAUUUAAAGGCACACAUGAGAAUCCACACAGGAGAGGAACCAUUUAGCUGCCCUGAGUGUGGAAAACGAUUUAGUCAAAACUCAAAUAUGAAGAGCCACAUGAGAACUCAUACAGGAGAAAAACCUUUCAGCUGCUCAGUCUGUAAGAAAUCUUUUAGACUGAGUAGCCAUUUAAAAUAUCACAUGAAACAACACACAGGAGAGGAACCGUCUACUUCCUGUGUAAGUGACAUCAGAAAGCAGCAGGAGUGGAGCUCCAGUGUGGACCAGUAGCAUCCAGAGACUCUCAGCCAGGUUGGAACUCUCUGAACCAUAGAAAUAAAUUGUCGGCAGAUCUACGACAUGAUAUGCUCCACUAAAGGCACAUUCAGCCCUAAUACAACGGCUCGACGUUUAAGCACAGCAAAUAAUACAACCGCUCCUCAAAAACAUGGAAAGAGCAAUGCUCAACCUCUGGGUAGUACACGCUGUCUCUGUGAAAUUAGUAACUCUGCCUACCGAGAGAACCCCUCCCACGCAGCUCCCUGCUCUACAAUGUUGAAUAUUUUUGGCUGCAUGCAUAAAAUAACUUCAAAAUAAACCAAAGACAGAUUGUUGUUAUUAUCAGUAGUGGCCCAUAGAGGGCGGCCCUUCUGGCAUUUGCCCAAAUUCCAGAUGGCCAGUCUGUAACUGGCUGGGUCUAACGUUAGUGGUCCGCUGACCCGUUGUCACUGGGUCUAACUGUCCCUCCACACUCACUGCAACUCUGAGAACAUGUCCCGAGUUGCGUUGGGCGGCUCUCCUCCCAAUGAGCUGCAACGCAAUUUACGGCCUCACUGACACGUAUUGUAACAAUGACAAGUUACAACAAUUGUCAUUUUGUUGUGUAUCAAUCAAAUGACCACGGGAAACAGUUCAAUGGCCUUUCUAUUCAUUUUAAUCUAUGCUCUGAAUGCUGUAAUCUGUAAACUGUGGACCUAGAGAUUGGCAUGGUUUUAUUUCAGUUAGCCUAAUAGCUGGUUUGAUUUGCAU